AACAUGUGAAUACUUCGGCGCGAUACGUCCGAUCAGCUGUCAGAUCGACUUUUGACAAGAUUUUGACGUGCACACACUUGCAAAUCGUUUGUUUCUGGUUGUUUCGGUUUGACCCCAGGCUCUGGAGUUCUGGCUGCGCUGCAAACACGCCGGCGAAACGAUCGAACAGCGAUUCGGUAUGGAUACAGUUAUAGACAGUGACCCCGCCGUCGUGGCCUACAGGGAGUGGGUUUGCAGGGAGUAUGGGACGCUGCCGGACUAUCGCUGCCUGCUGCGGGGGGGCGUGCCCCUCGGGUCGGUCUACACGGAGCCGGAGAUGGUGCAGAGGAGCAGAGAGCUGAGCCGCUGGGAGGAGGAGGAGGAGGAGGAGGAAGAGGCCUGCCUGCGCGGAGACCUCACCUCCAGGGCCAGCCCAGCCUACCACCCCACACGCCUGGAGCAGCUCUUCUGCCGACCCCAGCGCCCCGCACACACACACACGCACGCACACACACACGCCGAGCCCCGACCCCUCGCGCUCAUCCUGCAGGGCCCCGCCGGACACGGCAAGUCUGUGGCCGUGCAGAAGCUGCUGCUGGACUGGGCCCGCGGCCGCCUGUACGAGCGCCUCUUUGACCUGGUCCUCGUGCUGCGCUGCGGCCAUCUCGGCCGCGCCCCUGCGGACCGCUCGCUAGUGGACGCGCUGAGCCCCGAACGCUGCUUCAGCAAUCUCGAUCUCGCCCCUGCGGACCGCUCGCUUGUGGACGCGCUGAGCCCCGAACGCUGCUUCGUCCCUCUGGUGUCCCGCGCGCUGCAGGAGCGUCCGGCGCGGGUGCUCAUCGCCAUCGACGGCCUCGAGGACCUCCAGCCUCCUCUGGACGGCGACGACGCAGACGCAGACGCAGGCCCCCAGCGGCCAGCGGAGCUCCACGAGGCUCUCGGCGCCCUGCUCGGCGGACGGCUCCUGCCGCAGUGCCCCCUGCUGGUCACCACCAGGCCCGCGGGGGCGGACAGGCUGAGCCGGCUGCUGAAGAGGCCGCAGCGCACCGUGGAAAUGAUGGGCUUCUCAGAGGCGGCCGUGGAGCAGUGCUUCAGGAAGCUCCUCAGAGAGGAGGAGGGGGAGGAGGGGGAGCGUCUGGGACGUGCGCUCCACUGGCUGAGGUCGAGCGCUCCUCUCCGCACCGUCUGCUCCUCUCCUCUCCUCAGCACGAUGGUCUGCGCUGUCCUCUGGCACCUCCCUGACCGCUGCCCCACGGGCGCACCGGACCUCGACCUGCACUCGGCCACGGCUGUGAUCGCGUACGCCGUGUCCACGUUGCUACGGCGACAUUGCCAGGGCUCGGGCCGGCUGAUGUCCACCGCACUGCGACGCCUGAGCCGCCGGGCCCUGAGCCACAUACUCCGGCAGCGGACGGUGUCUGACCAGGGAGGUGUGUGUGAGGCCGAGAGGCCCCUGGAGGUGGAGGAGGAGGAUGAGGAGUGGUUGAGCGAGGUCUUUGGCCACCCUAGUGUGCAGGAGUUUCUGUCGGCUCUCUGCUGCGUGUGGUCAGAUGGCGGUGCGUCCCGGAGGUCCAGACAGCAGCUGCUGCAGCUCCUCUCCCUGCAGGGGGACGAGCAGACCACCCCUGACCCCAGCCUGCUGGACGUGGGGCGCUUCCUCUGCGGCCUGGCCGACCCACGCGUGCGGGGCCUCCUCCUCACAGACACGUCGCCUCCGUUGCCCCCGGCGACAGAGGCCCGUCUGGACGUGGAGGAGUGGCUCCUGCGCUUGGCGGGGGACGUGCGGGACUCGUACGGCGCUGACCACCUGAGGCUGCACGUCCUGCGCUGCCUCCACGAGCUCCAUGACGACGGCGUGGCCAGCCGAGCCCUGGAGGCGUUGGGCAGGGUGCAGCUUUUCGGCGUUGCCAUGACGACGGCCGACUGCUGGGCGCUGCGCUACUGCCUGCUCUGCGCUCCAGCCAAUGGGAGCCUGGCGCUAUGGCGAUGCCACGUUACCGCGGACGCGCUGAGGAUUCUGAGGCCUGCUCUGACACGUUGCCAUGAACUGGAACUGCAGGUGGAAGGCCUGUCUGACACUGAUAUCCCAGAUCUCCUCAUGGCGCUUGGAAGAGGAAAGAACCUCAAAGAACUGGGGGUGGCUGGAAGCAGGUUGUGUGAUGAGAGUGUGCAGCAGGUGCUGGCAUGUCUUCCACAGCAGGAGAGUGUGGCCUUCAUCUCCCUCUCAGUGCGGAGCGUCUCGCCCCGGCCAGCCGCCAUGCUCGCCCGGCUCCUCCAGACCACCGAGUUCGAGCUUGCUGAACUGACGAGCAGUGAUGAGGAGACCUGCUGUUCUCACUUUUCCAUGGAUGCCUUCACAGUUACUCUUAGCCACCACUGUCAUGCCUCUCAGCCGAUGCUGGGAGAGGGGCCUGACCCAGAGCCGGUGCCUGCAGCAUUAGUGCCCUCUGCUGGCCACUCCACAGAGUGCGCUCUCCCGGGUCUGUCCUUCUCCGUGGGGGAGACUGCAGCCCUGAGCCUGACAGACUGGGACACUCUCCUCCACGCCUACCGACCUUUCAGAGCUCCACAGACCACUAUCCUGUGUUUUGAGGAGCGUGUCGGAGCGUUUGUCUCUCUCUUGCGGUCGCUGCCUCACCUGCGGAGGCUUGAUCUGGAGGUGAGUCACCUGAGUCUCACCUGGGCAGGUGAGCUGCUCUCCCUCGUCCACACCUGCACCAGUCUGACCCACGCCAGUGUUCAGGAGCUCAGGCUGAAGGGUGGAUGUGGAGAAAGUCUCUGCUCAUCUAUCUCUGUGGAAAGGGACAUGCACUACCCCUCACUUCUGACCAGCGAGUUCACACACCGUGAAGAGUGUGACAGCAGUGGAGUGUGUGUGGAUCUGCAGUACCCUGGACCAGCGUGCAGCACCCUUAUACUCACACACUCCCCUGGGGCUGACCACAGCUGGACUCAGCUGCUCCACGCCUUUCACACACUCAGCAGUAGAGUGUGUGAGGAGGGCCCCAGUGUGCUGCGGUCAGCGCUGCAUGGUGUGUGUGGGCUGAAGGGGCUGUUUGUGAGAGUGAGCCGCCUCACGCUGGACUGGGCAUCAGCACUCCUGUCCCUCAGCAACACCUGCCCCAGCCUAGUGGACAUCAGCAUUUCAGACGAUGUACCACCAGAGGCUCACCAGGAGGGGGCAGUCUGCUCCAGCCUCACACUGAGAAGAGACAAAGACGGCUUCACGCUAAGUAUCCGGCAUCCGUGUCGGGUGGACCCUGAGCCUGAGCUGUCGUCGCUCUCUCUGAGCGUGUCUGGGGCGUCGGCCGUGUCCUGUGAGGACUGGAUGGCCAUUCUCCAGGAGUUUGGCCGUUUGAAGCAUCUGCCAGAGAGCCCGCUGUUUGAUGAGCGUGUGGAUGGGCUGCUCUCCUCCGUGCGUUCUCUGUCUGGCCUGAAGAGGGCGGUGUUGAGUGUGCGCUGCCUGACCACGAGCUGGGCCAGCAGGAUCCUCUCCCUCAUCCACACAUGCCCCACCUUAGAGUAUGUAAGUGUGGAGGUGGCAGAACCAAAGAGCUCUGAUGGGGACAGCGUCUGCUCCACGCUCUUAGUGACAAGAGGGCCCAAGGACCUCAGUCUGACGGUACAGCAGGCUGUGUGUUUUUCUCCGUCUCCUGAGCUGUCUGGCCUGAGUCUGUCUCUGGCGCCCACUGUGGACCUGCACAGCACCAGCACCAACUGGACCGGCUACCUGCAGGAGGUGCACUCUCUCAAACACCUGACAGACAGUUGUCCAGGCUUUGAGGAGCAUGUGGAGUCUCUGAUGGCGUUCCUGUGCUCUCUGUCUGAACUGAGGGAGCUGAAGAUGAAGGUGCUGUGUGUGUCAGCACACUGGGUCUCCAGGCUCCUCCAACUCACACACACCUGCCCCUCUCUGCUGCACGUCAGGCUGGUGGCAGGUCUGGGCUGGUUGGGGGACGGUCUGAUCGCUGAAGAAGCCGUCCGCCUCCUGAUGGCCUCCAGGACCAGGCUGGACUGCACACUGCUCAUCGAGGGGAGGCGGUGCGGUAGAAGCAGUGACCGGUGUUCUGAGUUCAGAGACCAGGCCCUCAGCUGCAACAGCCCCGUGGUCAUCAGCAGCCACCACCAGGGGGCGCUCAGCUGCAACAGCCCUGUGGUCAACAGCAGCCACCAGGAGGCCUUCCAGCUGACCGAGGUGGACGACCACCAGUGAACACUUUCUCAGGACAUGGCUUAUGACUAGCCUGACACACACACACACAGACACACACACACACACACACACACACACACACUGACAUGGCUUAUGACUAGCCUGACACACACACACACACACACACACCCACACACCCAUGGCUUAUGACUAGCCUGAAUAACCAUCAGUAAAAAGUUUGAAGUCAGUGAUCACGGACAACCAGUGAAUCUUUUAAGGACACAAAAUGGUGUAGACGAAAUGAUGACGGCAAUUAUCACAAAACCUACUGUGUGGUCACAGCCUCUCAACCUGUGCUUCUGAGUCAGAUGAACAUUGUGUGUGUGUGUGUGUGUGUGUGGCUGUGUUGUCUGAGAGGUCAUUAAUACAUUGUCAGUUUUUUAGAAAUCACUCUGUGCAAACAGGACCGGUGGAAGGCAUCUGGGCAUUACUACAAAAACUACCAGGGCUCUAAACUACCAGGGCGCUAAACUACCAGGGUGCCACUGCAUGGCCAGCUACAGGCUACAACAUUGAAAACACAUUGAUUGUCAAAUAAUGCCAUAGACGGGUUAUGCAGGAGCAGCAAGUAAUUCAUUUUCAGUGAUAUCGGUUAAAUAACAGUCAUGAAUGAGACGUUCAAAGCCUAGAACUUCAAACUUUUCUCCUGCAUUUGAUGAGGGUGCUGAUCUUUAUCCUGAAUCGCUAGCAGUGGAACGUAGCAGAGGGGCGACAAUGUAAUAAGCUCAAAUCUGAAUCUCACCAUGUCACCCAAUCAGGGGAGCAAUGAGCUCGUUUCCCCCAACAAGACGGUCCUAUCGCGGGGUAAUAUGAGACAGCAACACCCGAAGUGAGUUCCUAGUGUCACGUUUAAAUGCACACCCAACAGACGGCAUCAUAUUCAAUAGUGUCACGUUUAAAUGCACACCCAACAGACGGCAUCAUAUUCAAUAGUGUCACGUUUAAAUGCACACCCAACAGACGGCAUCAAUAGGUUCCGAUUCUGUAUUCGGCUGUAAUAAUAUGUUUAUGUUACUAGAAAGGCUGAUUGCUUAAUCACAAUCGUCCCUGAAAAUGUUGUUUCUUUUCCGUGUGGUCCAGUCGUGCUGGAAAGUAGCCACGUUGAGUAGUAGGG